CCCGCGCGGGCGGCCGCGAGAAAUCACUCCACAACUUCUUCCGCUUCACCUUCAACUCAUCAUCAAUCCGGACAAAUUCCAAGGAGCUCGCGGGGGCGAUUCACGACGGAACCCUAUCCCUACCGCCUCCGCACUCUCAUGGCGGCGACAGCCGUGGCAGCAAGUCGGAAGAAGCGAGGGACGGCCGCCGCCUUCCUCGAUGACCCCUUCUCGUUCCCCGCCGCCGACCUGCCGCUCCUGCAGACCAAGCGCGGCCGGUGCUCGUCGUCGAUUGUCGCCGCGGACCUCGGCCUCAGCUUCCCGCUCGAGUUCGACCCCGUCGAGGCGCUCCAUCUCAUCUUCCCCGGCGAGGAUCCGCAGGUCCUACAAAACUAUUUACAAGCGUCAGGAAAUGUGCUGGAUGCUGCAAUCAGGGCAUACAAAGAUUAUUUGGCAGAAAGAAACACAGAAUCUGCUUCUGCCAUAAACCAUGUUCCAUCUGACAAUGAGGAAGGCGAUAGCAUCCUAUCUGAAUCUGAUGUUGACCUGACAGUGGAAACCAUCCCCACCAAUUGCUCUGGAUGGGCAGAGCUCAUUGUCAAGGAGAUGUCCUCUGCUUCGGAUUUGACUGAUGCCAAGAAUCGUGCCUUCAAGAUACUCAACCUGUUGGAAAAAUCUGCUGCCAGGAGUAGCCCCGAUGAAAAGAGCAAAUUGAACAAGGAGCACAAGAUAGUGAAGCAGAUGCUGGGAUUCCUGCUUCACCAGAACGGCGUUCUGAAGCGCGCAUUCCUCAUACAGCACAACCGACUCAAGGAGUAUCAAGAGAUGGUGCAGGAGCGAUCUCAGUUCAACCAGAUUCUCGAGAAGUACCAGAAGCAGAUCAAGGCGUUAGAGGAGAAGAACAAUGCCUUGUCGUUUCAUCUUCAAAAUGCGAACCAAUGCAGAAACACCUAUUGGCAUCGCAAUCCUGAUGUCUUCUAAUCGAUACGGUUGUCAGAAAGGACAUGUCCUCUAAUCACUACAUACUGCUGCUACAGCCUACGGGUCAAGCACCAGGUUAAUCCACAAGAUCCUGAAACUGCUCUCUUCUCCAGCUAAGGAGAAAGAUGAUCAAAGGACAUGUCCAUGUAGUGUUGCAGUCAGUUUAUGUUAGUCUGGAUUGUCUGUAGAGGGAGAUAAUCAAAGAAAGGAUAUGUUCAUGUGUUUUAUUGCAAUCAGUUUGUGUUAGAUUAUAGUUGCUCCAGAUGCAAGUGAGCAAAAUUUGACGAGAGUUCAAAUAUUCAUGUACCAUCUGUUUUCAAUUAUCGAUCGAACUGAGACUGUUCCCCAUCAAAGCUCCUCCUACUGAGAAAACAA